UCACGUGACUGCUGAUAAGACAACGAUUCAUAUAAUAGGGAUUGUUUGUUGACCAGGUAGAUAACACGCCUAAUCAGACUUAUAAUGCGCACAUCGAUUCCUAAAUCCCGGAUACAUGCAGCCGGACCGUUGACCAGCCACAGUCUCGCUGUGUCAUAUAUGACGUAAUCGAUGUACUCAGUGCCUACUUGAACACGAGUGUCAGGUUAUCGGGGAACAAAUUGCCCAACACAAUGGUCGUUGUGGGAUAUAUUUCCCUGUUUGUCGUGUGUACAGCACUGCUGCCAAGCCAGGCCUUCAACCUGUUCGACAAGGUGACGUGUGACCUCCCGCAUCUGAAGAUCAAGCUGGACACCUGUACCCGGCGCUACGAACAGCCCGUCAGCGUCUUCCUUCCGCCGUCUCUGGUCGGCGACGGCGUGGCGGGGAUGCAGAGCCUGGUGUCCAGCACUGGAGUCGACUACCAGCAGCUCUUCGUGCAGGUGGAUGAGAUCAAGUGCCUCAGCCAGCAGCGGCUGCAGCGGGCUUCACAGGUGGAAUGUCGCUACGCCGUGAUGACCGAGUGUGUCCAGCCAGCCUACCGCUCCUUCCUGCCUUACCUGUCCAGGAUCAAGGAGGGCAUGGAGUACAUUUGUGACCACCUGUCCAGUCUUGAUGCCCAGUGCGAGACGGGGAGGUUGAGUCAGGUGAUCGGAUGCGUCAAGCGCAAAGACCAGACAAGCUACACGGAAAACGAGGAGUUCUACGUGCAGGACCGGAUGUGCAGGACUUUUGAAUACGCACGUCAGUGUGUGGUCAGUUCUCUGGCGGAAUGUGGUCAAACUGAUGUCGACAUUCACAGUCGAGCCAUGGACUAUUUCGCCCCAUCGUUUUGCAGCGCUACUCAUCACGUGACAUCACUGGCAGCCAUAUUGCUUUUCUCUGGACUAUCUCACAUAGUGAGCAGGAUCUUUCUUCAUUAGAGACUGUAGCGGUUUCCAGGCGUGUCAUCAAAACAAGAGACACGAUUUAUAUGUGUGUAUAGAUGUACAUCUCCAACAUGGCACUUGAUUCAAGACUUGAAUCAAGAUCUCACGAGUUCCUUUGCAUCUCGCAGGAUUAAUGGACAAGCAACAUCAACAUAUUCGUUGAAUUACUCUCUCAGUGAUGCUGUCUGUUCACACUUAUUGGAAGGUUAUCCCGUGACAUUCCUUGAAUUAUAACAUAAAUAUAAACUACAACGUUCAAACAGUUUAGUCCUCAGUAGGGGCGGUCGGGUAGCCCAGUGGUUAAAGCGUUAACUCGUCACGCCGAAGACCCGGGUUCGAUUCCCGACAUGGGUACAAUGUGUGAAGCCCAUGUCUGGUGUCCCCCGCCGUGAUAUUGCUGGAAUAGUGCUAAAAGCGGCGUAGAACCAUACUCACUCACUCACUAGUCCUCAGUAAAUUAUACAACUAUGUUUUUUAAGCCAACGAAUAAUUCAGUGAUUUCAUACAUUAUGUUUGUUUGUUGUUUGUUGGUUAACGCCGCACUAGCAGUAUUCCAGCUAUAUGAUGGCGGUCUGUAAAUACUCGAGUCUGGACCAGACAAUCCAGUGACUGACAUCAUGAGCAUCGAUCCACGCAAUGUAACAGAGGUGUCAUGGUGAAAUAACGACGAAUACUUCAUUCUGCUACAAAGUUGUCUGGGUGAUCGGUCGGGUACAGACAUUUUAAAACACAGAAGCUACCAAAUUGCUUUGAGGAUUAUUUGAAACUAUUUUACAGCUCUUUCCCCAAAUUGAAGGCAAGAUCUUAAAGGAACGAAGCACACUGUACAUAUCCACGUGUUUCAUAGCCUUUUUCUUAAAGCAUUUGAUUUAUCCUGCUAGCAAAGAAUGUCACAAAACUUUCUUUUAGCUUUUAGACUUAACAAAGUAAUGUAGAUGUGCUUGUGAUUUUUUAAAUAGAUAUUUUGGUUUCUAGGUCUGUCUGGAAGACGAAGACGCUCAGGAAUGUUGCUUGGUUGUAUUAAGAUAAAAGAUUCCUGGGUUUGACUCGUCUUAACGUUCUAAUUAAUGGUUUAUGUUAAUAUUCCACAUUCACUACGAUGGGAGAUGUAUAUAUAGACACACACACACACACUAACACACUCACUCACUCACUCCUAGGUAAGAGACUCGUUGUCACCAUAUCCAUGUCUCUGAUUGUAAAUAACUAACAAACAUACGAUUUAUUUUUUUAAUAAAAUAUACUUUCGUUUGGUC